UAUACCGCAUGUCCUCACGUGCUGGAGAUUAUCCCAGCAGUCAUCGGGCAGUAGGCGGGGGACACCCUGAACCGGUUGCCAGACGAUCGCAGGGCACACAGAGACAAAUCCGCACUCACACCAUUCUAUUGUGUCUGCAGGAUUCAAAGUCAUGGAUGAGCAGCAGUCGUCUCCUGCAGCCAAUACGGAGAACGCCAGCCAGAGAAAUGGAGAUGAGAAGACAAGACGUGCCACCUGGACCAAGGGCAGGAAGAGGAAGAAGCCCAUGAAGGACAGGAACGCACCCAAAGCACCGCUGACGGGCUACGUUCGCUUCAUGAACGAUCGGCGCGAACAGCUGAGGGCCGAGCGUCCGGACGUGCCCUUCCCGGAGAUCACCAGGAUGUUGGGCAACGAGUGGAGCAAGCUGCCCCCUGAGGAGAAACAGCGUUACCUGGACGAGGCGGACCGCGACAAGGAGCGCUACAUGCGAGAGCUGGAGAAAUACCAGAAGACAGAAGCCUACAAGCACUUCACCAGGAAGGUCCAAGAGAAGCAGAAGGGCAAGCGACACAGAAGCGAUGUUGGGAACCAAGCGGCCAACGAGACUCUGCGUGAGAAGGAUAGCGAGGGGAAGGACCGAAGCGUGUUUGACAUCCCCAUCUUCACCGAGGAAUUCCUCAACCACAGCAAAGCUCGCGAGGCCGAGAUGCGUCAGCUGCGCAAGACCAACAUGGAGUACGAAGAACGCAACGCCGCACUCCAAAAGCACGUGGAGAGCAUGCGUGGCGCUGUGGAUCGCCUGGAUGGCGACGUGAUGCAAGAGAGGGGACGCAACGGCAUGCUCCACCAGCACCUGGACACGCUACGGCAGGCGCUCGCCGCCAGCUUUUCUUCCGUGCCUCUGCCAGGCAGCGGCGAGAUGCCCACCCUGGAUUCCAUCGACUCGUACAUGAAGAAACUGCACAGCAUCAUCAUGAGCAACCCGCAGGAGCACGACAACCUGAUCAACACAGUCAGAGAGUUGGUCAACCGUUUGGACAGAUAAUCGCCAAGUUCGAGGGCCGGCCGCACACUAAUGGGCACAGCCAUCAAACAUUUAACUCUCUGCAAAAGUGAUGAUGAUGAUGUAGCUCCUUAUAUUUAUUAUUUUCCCCAUUUUCUUUGGAAACAAUAACCAACGACCGAGAAAUGUGUCGCCCCAGGGUGAGGUGUGCAGUUUGCGUUCUUAAACAAAUAUUACUUUGUGGUUCAUAUUUUGUAAUGACAAACGUGCCAUUUAAUUUCCAUGUGUGUGUGUGUUUGUACAGACAAAAGUGCUUGUGUUUUCAAUAAAUAACAAAAUGUUGAGGUGUA